AUGAAUUCGCAACUUCAGCAGCUUUUGCAGGAGGAAGGUUCAGAACUGAAUCAGGCAAAACAUCUUAUUCCAAGUCUUCAGAAGCAGGUCACUUCCCUUACAAACCAACUACAAUAUCUUGCAGAGGUGAAGGGAGACAAAUAUUCAGCUAAAGGAAGCUCUGAUAAUCACUUCAGCUUUCCAAGGAUUCCAUCAUAUGAUCAAGAAGAGGCAGCUAAUUCUUGGUUUGAUCAGGUGUUCAGUUCUGGGGAUUACACAGGCCCAGAGAGCCCAGAUGACAAGUUUCUCGAAGAUUUGAAUCCAUGCCUAACACCAAACUGCAAGACAGUCUAA